GAGCUCCAGAACACAGAGGACUUGCUCAGAAAUUUGAGGAUGAACCUUAUUCCACUGUCAGCCCUUUUAGCAUUUUUCUGUAGCUUUGCACUAUGUAAACCUGUCCAGGUAGCCACAAGAAAUAAUGAAAUGGAUAGCGAUACAACUCUGCAUGAGGGUGACAUUGUCUUGAGAAGGAAACGCAGUGCCAUAAACUGUGACAGCAGCUGCUUCUGGCCCAAGUCCCAUGAUGGGCUAGUCAACGUCCCAGUUAAUGUUUCUACAGAGUUUUCUGUGGAAGAGAGGACUUGGAUUGUUGAAGCAAUGCAGGAGUUCACAACCCUGACUUGUGUCCAGUUUAUAAAUCGCACAACAGAAACCAACUACAUAAGCAUUGUACCUGGGGAGAGCUGCUGGUCUCACUUUGGAAAGAUUGGAGGUAUGCAGCGGGUGGGCCUGAUGAAAACAGGCUGCAUGAGUAAAGGAGCAAUUCAACAUGAAAUGAACCAUGCGCUGGGAUUUUUACAUGAACAGGCCCGGAGUGACCGGGACAACUAUGUUAAGAUCAUGUGGCAAUACAUUAUGGCAGGGGAACAAGGGAACUUCGGGAAAGUGAAUUCCAAUAACCUGGGUCUUCCCUACGACUAUUCCUCAGUGAUGCACUAUGGCUUAUAUGACUUCUCUAACACCUCUGGAAAAGCAACUAUUGUACCGAUUCCUGAUCCCUCUGUACCCAUCGGACAGAGAGAGGGACUGAGUAAUCUCGACGUGGCUAAAAUCAACAAGCUCUAUAGCUGCAAUUGCUGUAGCAAUGUGCUGCAUAAACCUACUGACACCUUCUCGUCUGUCAAUCACCCAUCCUCAUAUCCAGACAACAGCAACUGUCUGUGGCUCAUUCGCAUCCCACAGCAUCAGGUGACUUUUGUGACAUGUGGAAGCACUUUGACGGGCACAAGUGGGGUGAUCACCUCCCCAAACUACCCCAACAGGUACCCCAAAAACCAGGUCUGCUUCUGGAUCGUCAGUGCUCCGGCAGAUCUCAAGAUAUCUCUAACAAUGGUCUCCUUUGAGCUGGAGGAGGGUGAUGAAUGUAAAUACGACUAUUUGCUUAUUCAUGAUGGGAGCCGACCCACAUCUCCAGCUGUUGGCCCAUACUGUGGAACAAUGAAGAUUGCAGACUUUACCUCCUCAGAGAACUUUGUGCUGGUAGAAUUUCACAGCGAUUUUGCUUGGGUGUUUCCUGGAUUCAUGCUGAACUACACUUUUGUUAUGCCAUCAUGAAGGAAAACUCAAGGAAAAUCUUCUCCCAGUGCCAGGAAGAAAGAAAAGAGUGCCUGGAACGACACUGAUUCACCUUGCUCUUUACCAUUUGCCUGCAAUAUUUUUUUUUCAGACACUGGUUCAUUUUCAACACCAGAAUGAAUGCUCUUUGCUAAUAUAGAUGUGGGAAUCUGAACUGCAAGACUGGUACCAAGAUGGGAGGAGGUACAGAGAAGUGGAACUUGGGAAUACUAUGUAGACACCACACAUUCUCAGCUCUGUCAGGACACUUGUGCAUCUCUCUGCAGUAGCUGAUAAGUAGUCCCCCAAGCUGACGCACAAAUCCGGCAUGGAGCAUUAGCAUACUUUCCCCUCCAUACGUGUCUAUAACCACCAUCAAUGUGAAUGGAUGUUACACAGGGACAGCAGAAUCCAAAGCUUAGUGAUUAGGUAAGUGGUCCUGAGAAAAAUGUCUUUUUGGGGAAUGAAUUCUAAAGAUCUUUACCUGGUAGAAAGAAUUAUUGGUCAGAAAUAUU